GUGCUUGCCCUUUAAGCGGCGGGACUUCUGGUCAACGUCUUCCGCGGCCGCCGGAAGGGGAAGUUUCGCUGCCGAACGCUCCCUCGCUCGUCCGAAUUCGGUGGCGCCACGUCCGCCGAUCUCCGCCUUCUUAUCGGCGGCUUGGGCGGCUUCCGCCUCGACACCUUCCACUCGCUGAACGGGCCGUGUCGUGAGGGGCCAGGGACUGGGAGUCGGCGGCUGUGCGCAUCCUGGCCACCUAAAAGGUGAAGAUGUCGGACAUCGGGGACUGGUUCAGAAGCAUCCCGGCCAUCACUCGCUACUGGUUCGCCGCCACUGUCGCGGUGCCCUUGGUCGGCAAACUCGGUCUCAUCAGCCCGGCCUACUUCUUCCUCUGGCCUGAAGCCUUCCUCUAUCGCUUCCAGAUUUGGAGGCCAAUCACUGCCACCUUUUAUUUCCCUGUGGGUCCAGGAACUGGAUUUCUUUAUUUGGUCAAUUUAUAUUUCUUAUAUCAGUAUUCUACACGUCUUGAAACAGGAGCUUUUGAUGGGAGGCCUGCAGACUAUUUAUUCAUGCUCCUUUUUAACUGGAUUUGCAUCGUGAUUACUGGCUUAGCAAUGGACAUGCAGUUGCUGAUGAUUCCUCUGAUCAUGUCCGUACUUUAUGUCUGGGCCCAGCUGAACAGAGACAUGAUUGUAUCAUUUUGGUUUGGAACACGAUUUAAGGCCUGUUAUUUACCUUGGGUGAUCCUUGGAUUCAACUACAUCAUCGGAGGCUCGGUGAUCAAUGAGCUAAUUGGAAAUCUUGUCGGACAUCUUUAUUUCUUCCUAAUGUUCAGAUACCCGAUGGACUUGGGAGGAAGGAAUUUCCUGUCUACACCUCAGUUUCUGUACCGCUGGCUGCCCAGCAGGAGAGGAGGGGUGUCAGGAUUCGGUGUGCCCCCCGCCAGCAUGAGGCGGGCUGCGGAUCAGAAUGGCGGAGGUGGGAGACACAACUGGGGACAGGGCUUUCGGCUUGGAGACCAGUGAAGGAGCGGCCUCUGGCCUGCCCACCAGCCACUCUGCUCAGAUGAAGUCUCCUUCCAGUGCUGGGCGUGCUUAACCACCGAGUUCUAGCAAACGCUGUUGGACCUGACCCACACUGAAUGUAGUCUUUCAGUACAAGACACAAUUUUUUAAGACCUGAAGAAAAAUAUAAGUGUUCCUCAAGUUUCGUGAUUCUCAUUCAAGUCCUUACUGCUACGAAGAACAAAUAUCAACUGUGCAAAUUUCAGAACUGACUCUCUUUUUUGGUGUCUUCUCUUCCUUUUCUGUCUCAAUAACGGGUUUUGGCAGGUCCUGGUCUGCUGGCACCAAACUGGGAAUCUGGGGUUGGGUCACUAAACCCUUGGCAAAGGGACUCUUACCUCUUUCUUGCACACCUGCCUCCCUCCUUCUUUUCCCAACCCCCACGUUUGCAGCUGGGGGAGGUUGCCCCUGAGAUGGUUCUGCCUUUGACAAGCUCUCUUAUUUAUUGACUUUUGCCAAGGCUUGGGCUCAAAGAACUUGUCCACCAUUUUCUCCCCUUGGUGGCAGAACUAUAACAAUAGGGGAAAAGACUGGACCAGCGGUUGGAGAGCUUUCUCUUUUGGAAUCGCUGGGACCCGAUGUCAGUUGUGACCAUUUGCCACUGCUACAGAUGUUUUUUAUUAAAAAAAACCCAGCACCACUGAGGCCGUGAGGACACAGAUUGGUGUUAAGGAGGCAUAGGUUGUUGCUAGGCGUUUUCUUCCUUAAGCGAGGGGAUCACAACUUCAGUGGAGCUGCGUCUUGCACGGGGCCUACGUGCAAACUGUGCGAGGGAUAGUCCCUUUGCGUCUCAUGUAGGGCAUGCUGGCUUUGCGUGUCCCCGGAGUAGUGGGGUGUGUUGUGCUAGGAAAUUCCAAAUCACACGUGCCCCGGGGAGUCGCUCUCUUUGAGCGGCACCUGGGCAUCGGUUCCAUUUCAUUCUCAUUCUGGGUAUAUGUUUAUUGAAUAGUGUGGAGUGAGAACCUUAUACCCUAUUUAAAUUGUCUUUUUUUUUUUUUUUUUUUUUUUUUUUGCCUCUCCCGCCACCUUGAAUGGCCACAUGCUUCAGUUAAUGGUGAGGACACAGUUCCUCUGUACAUAGGUCAUAUUAUAAGAGCUAAUAUAAGCACAUCUAAGUGAAUCACAUAAUUUUGGGUUGUAAUGGCUUUAGAAUCACUUGUGUUUGAGGGUCUUUAUUUUGAGCCAUGAAUGUAGAAGUCAUGAAUGUACAUCAUCCCAGCUUAAAUACCCACAACUUUUUUUUUCCCCCGUAGGGGCUUUUUCCAUCAGAGCUAGGCUUAUCCCCCAAUAAAGUUUUUUGAAGGCUAUGGUGUUUCACAGUUUCUUAUUUUCUGUUUUUAUUCUGAAAGCAGACUGCUAGGCCUAGGAGCAGUGUUGAGUGGUUUGGCUUUGAACAUUUUGAUUGGUUUCUUCUCAGGAAACACUGUGCUCUACCAGUGUGACCGUGCUUUGCCCCACCCUUAAAACAGUGACGUGUGUGACACUAGGAAGUGGGGACCUGAAAGCAGCUUGAUUUUAAUAAAAGUUUGUGUGUACCUCUCCUUAUUUAAUUUACACGAUAAAGGAGGCGGAGAGACUCUGAACCUUAACUGUCGUGUGUUUGUGCUGUUGACCUGUGGCCACAAUAAAAUUUACUUGUAAACUUUAGAAGCCAUUAUUCCUGUUAUGUCACAUGUGCCCUCAUUGUACAGGAGUGGAAACUCAUUGUAAGCGUAAGAAGAUUCUCAUGACGAGUGAGCUCGAGGCCUUUGUAUAUGCUCUCUUAGCAACUCAGCUGCCUGAGAGCAGUAGUUUCGGUAAAGGUUACGAGUAUUCUUUAGAAUACCUUCGUUCAAGGCAGAGUGUUCAUUAAAUUCUUCUUAAACACAUGUAAGGAGCUGAUGAUUUUAUGAAUCUUGUCUGGAUUACCUAUCUUUUUGGAAUAAUUCAGCUAAGCAAGCUAGUUGAGAUUUGAUUUGGCCAGGCAGGACAUGACAGUGGAUUCUCUUUAUGAGUGGGGAAAAAAAAAAUCCUUAUUUUGUAUAGAGAACUUCCCCUUUUGUAACUAAUUCUUUUUAUUGGUAAAAAUUGUAAAUUAAAAUGUACAACUUGA